AUGCCUGUCCACUAUUUGAUUCUGCUCUCUCGACAGGGCAAAGUGCGUCUCGCCAAGUGGUUCACCACCCUCUCUCCCAAGGAGAAAGCCAAGAUCAUCAAGGAUGUAACUCAACUGGUGCUGUCCCGCCGGACGCGGAUGUGCAAUUUCCUGGAAUACAAAGAUUCCAAAGUCGUCUACCGUCGCUACGCUUCUCUCUUCUUCAUCGCUGGCUGUGCCUCGACCGAUAAUGAACUGAUCACUCUCGAGAUUGUGCAUCGCUACGUCGAGCAGAUGGACAAAUACUACGGCAAUGUCUGCGAGCUAGACAUCAUCUUCAACUUCCAGAAAGCAUACUUUAUUCUCGAUGAGUUAUUGAUUGCGGGGGAAAUGCAAGAGACCAGCAAGAAGAAUGUUCUUCGCUGUAUCAGCCAGCAGGACAGUUUGGAAGAUAUGGAGGUUGAGGAAGAUGUGGUCACCAAGAUCAUGUAA